AUGUGUGAUGAUAUAGAAGUAAUCUUACCUCAUGGUGAAAAUGCACUGGUUCAGUGUUCAACCGGCCUUACCAUAACAGAGGAACACGGAAUCUCCGAUGUUUAUUUCUACGUUAUCACUUUCAACGAUAUCUUUCACUCUAUAGUGUUUCAAAAAGUCAACUAUCGUAAUGAUAGCAAAAACAGGAUAGGUCGGAAAAGAAGAAAAAUACAUGUCAGGCAGGAGCUGCUGUACUCAGUAUCCGAUUCUUUGUGCGGGUCUACUGGUAAUAACAACAUGACCAGCAAUUCACGGGAUGCGGGGAGAUCGACAAAGGAAUUCAACAGUUAUUCAACGUGGCGUUAG